AUGAUGGAGAGGGAUAGGGAAAGGGGAGAGGAUAUGGAUGGAUGGAUGGAUGGAUGGUUUGUGGAUGGGGAUUUGAAGGUUUUGAGGGGUUUGGAAUAUGGGAGGUGGGGAGGGAUAGGUGGGGAAAGGGAAGGAGGAAAGAGAGCGAGAGGGAAUGGGUGGUGA